AUGCCCUCGGUCUCCACCAUUUCGUCUUCGGACAAAUCCAAGGUGAAAUCCGCCAUUCCUUCGUCCAGCAACAAGAUUAUCACCGCUACCGUCGGUCGUGUCUAUGCUGCUCAUCCAAGCCCGUCUCAAUGGAGCUACACUGGUGUUGAGGGCGCCGUUGCUUUUGUACGCGAUCUCGUCAAGGCUACGUUUUACUUCAAGGUAAUCGACCUCAAGGGCACUCGAGGCGUCAUCUGGGAGCACGAAUUCUACGAUGGCUUCCAGUACAAUCAGGAUCGUACCUUUUUCCAUUCGUUUGAGGGCGAUGAUUGUCUAAUAGGCUUUUCCUUUGCCGACGAGAGUGAGGCCAACGACCUUUUCAAAAAGGUCUCGAAUCGCAGCAAGUAUGCAAAGUCAAAGUCCAGCUCAUCCAGCAGCAAAAAGAAAAAGGCGUCCUCAGGCGGCAAGAUCGACAAGUCUAUGAUUGGCGCCCCCUCUGGCUUCAAGCAUGUCGCACACAUGGGUUUCUCCGCCGAGCAUGGGUUUAGUGCCGAAAACGUCGAUCCCACCUGGCAGGCCCUCUUGGAGCAGCUCGGCAACCUCGGCAUCAGCGAGAAAGAUAUUCGUCAGAACGAGAGCUUCAUCAAGGACUUUGUUGGCAAACGUGGCGGUCCAGGUGCUAGCGCCAGGCCAACACCGGCCGCGGCUCCUAAAGCAAAGAAGGUGCCGCCUCCCGCUCCAACAAGUAAGCGAAAAGCGCCUCCCCCGCCUCCGGCACCCAGAUCUCGCCAUGCUGCCACUGCGUCCACCGCCUCUGCAUCCUCCUCAGCACCAGCACCAGCACCUCCUCCACCGCCUCCCCGCUCAGGUACAGCAGCUGCUACUCCCCCUCCUCCUCCUCCGCCCCCUUUACGCGCUCCAGCCGUCUCGAGUGCACCACCUCCGCCCCCACCGCCUAUGCGACCCGCCGCAGGCAGCAGUGCGCCACCCCCACCGCCUAUGCGACCCGCCGCAGGCAGCAGUGCGCCACCCCCACCCCCUCCUCCCCCGCCCAUGAGUGGCAGCAGUGCACCUCCUCCCCCUCCGCCACCCCCUACAAGUGGCUCGGCUCCCUUGCCGCCGCCUCAGGAUGGUCGCGGCGCGCUACUUGCUUCCAUUCAGGGCAAGGGUGUGCACAACCUCAAAAAGAUCGAUGCACCCGCUUCAUCUCCUCUUGGGAGAGCCGCUGCGCCAGUCGCAGCCGCCGGUGCCGGUGCCGGAGCAGCUGCCGCCGCAUCGGGCUUUGAUUCGCCCAGUGCAAGCGGAGGCGAUGGUGAUCUUGCGAGUGCUCUUGCUGCUGCUCUCAGUCAGCGCAAAGAGAACAUGGGCGACUCCGACGAAGAGGGGUCCGACGAUGAUUGGUGA